AAACCGGAAGUACCUGUUCACGCAGCCGGUUGUUAGCUAACAUGGCGCUAGAUGUUAAAAGCAGAGCGAAACGAUACGAGAAGCUGGACUUUCUCGGAGAGGGUCAGUUUGCCACAGUGUACAAGGCCAGGGACAAACUUAAUGACACAAUAGUUGCCAUUAAAAAGAUAAAAGUUGGCCACAGAACAGAGGCUAAGGAUGGUGUGAAUCGGACUGCUCUGAGAGAAAUCAAGCUGCUACAGGAGCUGCAUCAUCCAAACAUCAUUGGGCUGUUGGAUGCCUUUGGACAUAAAUCAAACAUCAGUCUGGUGUUUGAUUACAUGGAAACAGACCUGGAGGUUAUUAUCAAAGACACCAGCCUAGUCUUGACUCCAGCCAACAUUAAAGCCUACAUCCUCAUGACUCUACAAGGAUUAGAGUACAUGCACCAACACUGGGUCCUACACAGGGAUUUGAAACCCAAUAAUUUGCUGUUAGAUGGGAACGGAGUGUUGAAGUUGGCUGAUUUUGGUUUGGCCAAAGCUUUUGGCAGCCCCAACAGAGUCUACACACAUCAAGUUGUUACAAGGUGGUAUCGCUCUCCUGAGCUCCUGUUUGGUGCCAGAAUGUACAAUGUGGGUGUUGACAUGUGGGCUGUGGGCUGUAUCUUGGCUGAAUUGUUACUUCGGAUACCAUUUCUUGCUGGAGACUCGGAUCUCGACCAGCUGACCAAAAUUUUCGAGGCUUUAGGAACACCUACAGAAGAAUCAUGGCCUGGAAUGACUAGUCUACCCGACUAUGUGUGCUUUAAAAUAUUUCCCGGCACGCCUCUGGAACAUAUAUUUAGUGCAGCUGGUGAUGAUUUGCUUGAGCUGCUACAGGGCCUCUUUACUUUCAAUCCUUCGACGAGGACCACCGCCACACAGGCUCUAAAAAUGAGGUACUUCAGUAAUCGACCAGGUCCUACCCCCGGUCCACAACUCCCGCGACCAAACUGCUCGGCUGAGGCUUUGAGGGAAAAGGAAACAGUUGGACAAAAGAGGAAAAUAGAAGGCCUGGAAACGACUGUAAUGAAGAAGAAGCUCAUUUUCUGACCAGAUAGGAUGGAAUAAACCAGAGGAAACAACAAUCUUCAUAAYAGAGGAAACACCGCUGGAACCAAAGAAGGUCCAAAGUCAAAGGAGGCCGGCUCAGAUGUGGUUCACUUUAAGACUUUUUAGAAGUUGUAGACAAGAGUUACCCGAGGUUAGCUCCAGAUAUSCAGUGUGCCAUUAUGUCCGCGUCAUCGUUGAUUCUAAACUCUGUGAUCCUGUUGGAUUAUUUUUAUUUAUUUGAGUUUUGGAAAAAACAACCAAACUAUCAAGGCAGAACUGUGUCAUAAAAGUUAUUAUUUUUUAUGUUUUUUUUUUUUUACAUGAAUUGCCAAUAAAUGUUAAAUGCAUUUAUUAAA